AUGAACGACAGUGAGAUCGACAGCUUGAAGACCGAAUUAGACCAUGAAAAAUCAUGCAGAGAUGCGGUAUCCUGGCAGAAUGAUGAUUUCCAAAAGCAAAUCGUGUCGGUUCAAGAUGAGCUCCGUAAAACCGACUACAUUUGGGAUAACGACGAAGAUUUGGAGCGGGAGAGCUCGAGGCACAAGCACCUCCUGGAUGCAAUCGACCAAUUGAAAGCGGAGUUGCCCAUUUGGAAAGAAAAGUUGAAAAACGCCAAAGUUUGCGGACCAGAUUGCAAGUUGAAGCACGAUGAUCUAAACAUAAAUCUCGACAUUCUUACUCCAGCUGAGCUGCUGCGUACUGUGAAGCGGUUCGAGAGGAUCAAGACAGACCUGAUCAGCACCCUUCGCAGCAAGGAGUGGCGUCUGGAUUCCGAGUCCAAGUUGUUCGUCCGUGUGAACGACCAGCGGACGUACCUGCAAAACGAACUGAUGAUCUGCCAGAACAACAUCAUGCGUCUGCAAAGAAACGGCUCGUAUUGGCAACACGUCUCCCGACGAGCCGACGAGCGAGUGCUGGACAAGCGAGGAUCUCUCAAGAAGGUCCUAGGACCCUCGGGCUUAGGCCAGCGCCUGCCCCCCAUCGCCACCUAAUGUGCUUCACCACAACACAA